ACAUAAAUACGAUUUGAAAUGUUGAGUCGGGUCCCAUUACAGCAGUUUGGAACUGAAGAAAGUUUUUGAAUCUAUUGUAUUUUGUCAGGGCUUUAGUUCCUAACCAAUAGGCUGGUAUUAGACAGAGCUGUAUUAAACCUUUUUGCUACGAGGACAAACCUCAAGGAAGAUUGCUGGUGACAAUAGACCUGUGGUAUGCUGUGAUGUGUUGUAUAACGGUGCAUUAUAGUACAGCCCUAAUUGAAUCAAACCUCAAGCAAUGCCAGUAAGCUGCCAAUUCCAGUCGUGGGUGUUAUACCUAUAUUACAUUACCGUUAAUAAAACUGAUUCUCAUGGACUGUGAUCUACUUCUAUUAGUCUGACUUCAGUUUUCUUGUUGGAGCCGAAUUGAAGAAAAGAAAACCAUUGGCAUGAAACCGUCAAAUUGGGCAGUGUUUUUGAUCUAUCUGGCUCUGAUCAGUUGGAUCGAAGUGGGUCAUACAACAGAUAUUUUAAACUUCUUGCAACCCGACAACAUUUGUGAUGGAUCUUACGAUCACCGACUUGCAGUCGAUUUGAGGGAUAACAUCGACCUUGAUCCACAUGUCUGUACAAGACCUUGCUUGGAGUAUGAACGACCCAGAAUAUGCUAUUAUCGGUUCGUUUUAGAACCGUACACUUCCCUUGGGCUUGCUUGUCGAUCAUGCCCAGCUAACAUCACUGACUGCAGUCUUCCUGGCUGUGUCCCUGCUAACGGAAUAGAAAAAUCCAUUCUGACUGUAAACAGAAGACUUCCAGGUCCUUCAAUCCAGAUAUGCAAAGGUGACACUGUUGUGGUGGACGUGAAAAAUAAGAUGCCAGGAAGGAGCACAACAAUCCAUUGGCAUGGGAUAACCCAGGAAGGAUAUCAAUACAUGGAUGGUGUGCCGAUGGUCAGCCAAUGUCCAAUAGAGGAGGGUACAAUAUUCAGGUACAAAUACAGACCAUCAAUGGCGGGCACUUACUUCUGGCACUCACACGAUGGUUUUCAGAAGCAGGAUGGCAUCCUUGGUAGUCUGAUUGUGAGACAGCCUAUCUCUCAAGAGCCAAAUGCUGAGCUGUAUGACAGAGAUUUGCCGUCACACUACCUCUUGAUCGCAGACUGGAUGAGCACUACCUCUGAUGAGAGGUUUCCGGGUUACACCACCGAGCAAAAUAAAAAUAGCAUUGGUCAAGACACGUUGUCGUUUCUGAUUAAUGGAAAAGGCCUCACUCAGUAUGCGAUGCCAACCACAGACUCAACUAAUAAUUGGACGGUGAACGAUGACCCGUUCCUGCUGGAUGACCUGUUCUUAACACCGUCCUCGGCGAGGCAGAGCACCCCGCUGGCCACAUUCAAGGUGGUACAGGGCCUCAGGUAUCGCUUCAGGCUGAUUGCUGGCGCAUGUCUGCACUGCGCCUUCCAGGUGUCGAUCGAGGGACACAGACUCACGCUCAUUGGCACGGGCGCUGACAGUUUGGAGCCAUCUAUUGUCGACUCGGUUGUUAUGUCUUCAGGUGAACGAUUCGAUGUGGUUCUUGAAGCAAAUAAAAGCCCAGGCGAUUAUUGGAUAAUGGUUAGUGGUUUGGAUACAUGUUUGGACGCUAAACAAGUUGCAGUCUUGAAGUAUGUCAGCUCAUUUGGAGAAAGCACCGGCUCACAUCGGAGGCUUGUUACCAUUGAUGGGGAGCCCUUGAAAUCUGUUCCUGUAAACCCACCUUUCAGUCCUCCGGGACAACCGCGUGGUGUGGUAUUCAACCCAAGCAACGAAGAUUGUCGAGGAGCUUUCCCAGAAGGGAAGGAGAAGAUCUGCGUCAAUCAAUUGCUGAGUAGAGAGUCGACUCCGCGACGGCUAUUGUGCCGGAAGCCAGACAUCAGGCUCAUGCUCGUCACUGGUUUCCACCAAUUCACACUAGAGGAGCAGUUCCAAUCCAAUCGAUACAGUCGAUUCUUGAUUCCACAAAAAGGCCUGAUGUUUGCUGGUUUCAUCAACAACAUCACCAACAUGCCAGCACCUUCACCUCUCAUGACCCAAAUCCGUGACAUUCCUCAACAUUUAUUCUGCGAUGAUCUGAUGCCCAAGAAACAUAAAGAGUGCAUUCAUCUCAUCCAAAUUCCUCUUGGCUCUGUUUUAGAGCUAGUGAUGGUUGAUGGAAUUGGACAGAUAAAUUCAACAUUGGCUCAUCCCAUGCACUUGCAUGGCUACAAUAUGUAUGUAACCGAUAUGGGAAAGCUACCUGAAGCAAGUCUCAAAGACCAACUGACGUGGCUGACUAACUUAUUGGAUAGCAGAUCAAAGUCUCGCGACUUCCUGCCCAAAGUCGAUACUUUAUCAAUACCGGGCUAUGGAUACAUUGUGACAAGAAUAUUAGCUGACAAUCCAGGUUACUGGAUGCUGCAUUGCCACUUCAUAUACCACAGUGAGGUGGGAAUGGUUUUGAACUUGAAGGUUGGAGACCAAUGGGAUUUACCACGAAUUCCCAGAGGAUUUCCAAAAUGUGGGAAUUUCUUACCCAAAGUUUAAGUGCUUAAUCAUUAUUCUCUGAUCUCUGUAACACCAAAUACUAAAUUUAGUAAUAAGUAAUUGAACUCUCAACUCCAAUAAGCGUCGUACUAACAUUGUUAAGAACAUUUAACUCAAGUGUAGAGCUAAUCAGCUCACAGUGAUUCUAAGCAUUUGCUGUUUUCCGUAACAUUGAAGUAAAAGGGACUGAUUAGUCGCCAAUUUUACAUUGUUUGACGUACGUGACCUUCAACUAACUUGUCCAAUUUUAACUGUAUAGACUUUUGUAAGUUGCUAUUAUUCACGUGUUUGGUUCGUGAUUCAACAUAUAAACUAAUAUGAGUAUUUUGUAAAACAUAAUUUCAAUAAUUUUUUAUUACUUUAAUUGGGUGAUGUUGGUGCGAGGCAGUAAAUGAGAUGACCACAAAUGCGAUAUUGCAUUUACAACGCUUCCAUAUUACGAACACAAACAAUGAUAUUGUUAUUUGUGGUAACUAAAUGACUAUGUUCAAUGUAGCUAAUAAAUGAAUGUUCAUUGGC